AUGCGGAUUUUGUGUGAUGCGUGCGAGAACGCAGCCGCUAUCGUCUUUUGCGCCGCCGAUGAAGCUGCCCUUUGCCGCUCCUGCGAUGAAAAAGUACAUAUGUGCAAUAAGCUAGCUAGUCGGCAUGUACGUGUAGGUUUAGCCGAACCAAGCAAUGCCCCUUGCUGCGAUAUAUGCGAAAAUGCACCUGCCUUCUUUUACUGUGAGAUAGACGGUAGUUCGCUUUGUCUGCAAUGUGACAUGGUAGUACAUGUUGGUGGCAAGCGAACGCACGGCCGGUUUCUUUUGCUCAGACAGAGAAUCGAGUUUCCAGGGGACAAGCCUAAACCAAACAAUACUAGAGACAAUAUGCAAAACCAUAGAGUCUCUGCAAGUGCAAACGGUGAAGCUAAUGGCAAGACUGAUGACGAAAUGAUUGAUCUAAACGCUAACCCGCAGAGAGUACAUGAGCCAUCAUCAAAUAACCAAGGUAUCGAUGUAAAUAACACGAACAAUCACGAGCAUGUAGGUGUUGUACCCUUUAAGCGAGAGCCUGAGAAGUGA